AUGGCGGAGCUCUACGCUUUCAUCGCUGAUGUUGGCAUAUGUGAAGAAGAAGUCAUCCGCGUAUUUCGUCCUCACGUUGACGCACUGGCGGCCCUCUCAGACGAUCAGUUUGUUGCACACUUUCGGCUCUCCAAAGAUGCAGUACGAGAGGUGUGCAGCGCCGUUUCGGAGGACUUGAAGCGACCGCAGCAGUGGCGCUCCACUACACUCUCCGUGGAACAGAGAGUACUAAUGGCACUGAGAUUCUAUGCGACGGGUGCCUUCCUCGAUAACAUUGCACAUGAAGAAUACUUCAGCACAACAAAGCGACCCGUGUCGGAAGCAAUUCAUGAUGUAAGCUGGGCGAUCAUAAAGAACCUGGCACCAAGAUACCUACGUUUUCCUACAACACCAGACGAGAAGCUUGCUGUGAAGCGUGGGUUCUACGAUAUAAAAGGCCUGCCUGGUUGCCUUGGUGCUGUUGAUGGCACAGUCAUCGCAAUCAUUGCGCCAAGUACUAGGGACCCACGCUUUGUCGAUGUGACAAGUACAAUCACAAAGAAGGAACUUGGUUACAGAAUGAAUAUGAAACGGAUAACAUUUCGUCUUCCUGCUCUCUUCACGGGUGACCUCGGAUACCGCCUCGAGACCUGGCUCCUGACCCCGUUUCGGAGUCCUGCAACAGAAAAGGAGGAAGCUUUUAAUAAGGCUCACAGCAGCACUAGAGUUCGAAUUGAGCAGUGCUUUGGUGUGCUCAAGAUGAGAUUUCGAUGUCUACAACGUUACCGCACACUCCAUUUUGCUCCGGACCGUGCUUGCAACAUUAUUACGGCAUGUGCUGUUCUUCAUAAUAUGUGCCUUGCUUACAAUUUGCCCGAACCAACAGAGGAGAGUGAAGUAGUAGCUGCAGAAAACAACAGCCACCUUGAGGAAACUGAUGACGAGGAUUGGGAAACUGGGAAUGACCCUACCAGCGAGAGUGAGACUCUCACAUCACAGGGAAUGCGCUUUCGGCAGAGAAUUGUACACAGAUACUUUUAG